CUUCAUUCAUCUAUCCAUUUUGCACCCAUUUUUGGUGGUUUCCAACCCUUUUUAAUCCCAUUUUUGGUCCCUUUCUCUCUUUCUUUGGUGGUUUUGGACCCUUUUUAAGGCUCAAAAUGGAAUGUAAAAACCAGCAAUCUCGUCAAUCUCGACCCCAAAAAUAUGAGUGUCUUCUUUUUGAUGUUGACGAUACCCUUUACCCUCUUACUUCUGGUUUGUCAAAACAAUGCACCAAAAACAUUGAAGAGUACAUGGUUCAGCAGCUUGGGAUAGAGAAAGAUGGAGUUGCUGAGAUGAACCAGUUUCUGUACAGGAAUUAUGGGACAUCCAUGGCUGGCCUUAAGGCUAUUGGCUAUGAGUUUGACAAUGAUCAUUAUCACAGCUUUGUUCAUGGAAGAUUACCAUAUCAUAACCUCAAGCGCGAUCCUGUUCUGAGAUCUCUCUUGCUUAGUUUGCCGAUUCGCAAAGUCAUCUUCUCGAACGCGGACGAUGUUCAUGUUGCUAAAGUUCUAAAUAGGCUUGGGUUGGAGGGUUGUUUUGAUAGGGUCAUAUGCUUUGAGACUCUCAACUCCUCAGAUGAUGGCUCUGAAUCCGAUUCGAAAAGCUCGACCGGGGACGUCGACGUCGACAAUGACACUCCUCCGCCGCUCCCCGCCACACCGAUUCUCUGCAAACCAUCCCCAAAUGCAUUUGAAUCUGCACUCAAGAUAGCCAACAUUGACCCCAAAAGAACACUCUUCUUUGAUGAUAGCAUCCGCAACAUAAAGACAGGGAAAUCCAUUGGCCUCCACACAGUGCUGGUUGGAUCAUCAAACAGAGGAAAUGGAGUGGAUUAUGCACUUGAAAGCAUUCAUAAUAUAAGAGAAGCAUUGCCAGAGCUGUGGGAAGUGGAUGAGAAGAUGAAGAACAGAAGGCUUUCUGGAAAGAUUGCUUUGGAGACAUCAAUUGUAAUGGCUUAAUUGCUAACUUAAUAUGUGUUUUAUUACCCUAAUUAUCAACUUUGGAUCUUAUAUUCAUCCAUUUCUAAUAAACGAUCCAUACCCAGUAUUUGAAAUCUA